AUGGGGAGUGAAAAACAUAACAAUUUAUCUAUUUCAAAUUGGCUAUUAAAUUGGAUAAGUUCAGACGUAAAAAAACCGAAGGAAACGGUUUGUGAUAACUCUUUGGCCCUACUUUCCGCUGUUGUUCAAAGUUUCACUCAAUACUCUUCACUUCUAGUAUAUAUACGAGUUUGUUCAGACCUGUUAACUAAAGAACUAAAUUCAAAUUCACAUUUGGUUCCGUGGUGUUUUGUGAGAAUUAAUAUGGCACAUUUUUUAAAAAUUUGCACAAAAUGGACUCCAUUAAAAACUGUACCUCGGAGAGUAAGAGAGAUUAUUUUACGAGUGAUUGGACUUUUAAUAAAAUGUAAAUCUUUGAUAGAAGCCCAAUCAUUACUACAUAGCUUGUUUGUUGUAUUAAUUAAUGAAACAAGCGGAAUUCACAAAAAUGGACAGGAGACUCCAUGCGAAAUAAAUUUUAAAAUACUUGUUGACGCCAUUUCUACGGGUCUUGUACUGUUUGAACAGCAAUUUAACGAUAUAUUAGCAGCUGCAGAGUCAGAUGAUGAAGCUAGGAACUUUUUAGAAGAAGAAUAUGAAGGAUUAAAUGAGUAUGAUAACCCAUUUCAAUCGUGUGCUGAAAAUAUAAUAUACAACAGAAGUGAGAGUUCGAUACAAGAAGGUUCGGCGUUAAAUCCUUUGUACUUACCAACAUUGGCCCCUUAUAUUAUUAAAAGUAUGAAACUAUUACCCUUAUGGUCGGGCAUCAUGAUUUCGAUAUUCGGUUAUGGUGAUGAUAUAUCGAUUUCAGCAGCAGUUGAAUCAAGCUGA